UUGACAUUGACAUUUAAACAUGUGACGCCGACGGGAUGUUUUGGUAUUUUUUACAUUUUUAUGUAUAAAAAUGAAUUUAUUUUAUUUUUAAAAUGUAUAGCAAUGGUAGUUCAAUCAACUCCAAUCUCAUGCGUGUCUACUCGUAUAAUAGUUAACCUUGUGUGUGCAUUGUUUCGGAUUAGUUCUCCUAGUCUCCAUAGAGUACCUAAUUCCUGAGUUGCUACUUAGAUUUAAUUUAAUUCAGUUUCGUGCAUUAAACACCCAUAUCCAUCAGUAUUAUAGGCUAGAUCUGAUUAAUAACUGAAUAAUAAUAAUAAUAUGACAAUGCGUUCGAAGAUUAUAAUUGGGUUGGUGCUGGUGCUGUGUGUGCUGGGAGUGUUGGCGCUGGGACAGUUCUACCAUGAACUGCUGGCUGCGUACGAGCAAGCUGGCACCCUUUCUGACUCUGAGUAUUCCUGGGUUUUCAGAUUAUUGUUAAAUCUGUUUGGAUACUCGACAGUACUAGUGCCAUGUUAUGUUUUGUAUAAAUAUUUAGAAAGGACCAAUUACUUUGACAAAAUAACAAAUCAGACAUGGGUGUCUCGCGCGUUGUUCGCGUGCUUCUCGGAGCACGACCGCAUCCCCGAGACGGCCAAACCCGCAAAGGUGGAGGAGAGCCCGCAGCGCGAGGGGCUGGAGCUGGCCUUCUGCUUCACCGGCCUCAUGGGCGCCUACCUGGUGUGGGGACUGCUGCAGGAGAAGAUUAUGACACAGAACUACGCGAUGCCAGACGGCACGUUCCUGCGGUUCAACGACUCCCAGUUCCUGGUGUUCAUCAACCGCCUCUUGGGCUUCCUCAUCGCGUUCACGAGGCUGCUGUGCACUCGGCAGCAAGUGAUCGCCGCGCCGCUCUACAAGUUCUCAUACUGUUCGCUCACUAACAUCAUCAGUGCCUGGUGCCAGUAUGAGGCCUUGAAGUACGUCAGCUUUCCCACACAGGUGCUAUCGAAAUCAUGCAAAGUGAUCCCAGUGAUGCUGAUGGGAAAACUGAUCUCACGCAACAAGUACGAGCCGUACGAGUAUGGCACCGCGCUGCUCAUAUCUGUGGGCAUGAUGCUGUUCAUGUUUGGCAGUCAGGACCAACCCGCCUCGUGGGGCGCCACAUCGGCGUCGGGCGUCUGCCUGCUGGCGCUGUACAUGUGGUGCGACAGCUUCACGUCGUCGUGGCAGGGCGCGCUGUUCCGCCGCCACUCGCUGCAGCCGCUGCAGAUGCUGUGCGCCGUCAACCUGUGCUCCUGCGCGCUCACCGCCGCCGCGCUGCUGCGCGCGCGCCCGUCCGCCACGCCGAGACUGUUGCAGAACCCGAUGUUCGUAUCGGACUGCGCGCUGCUGUCCGUCAGCUCGGCGCUGGGGCAGCUGCUCAUCUACCGCACCAUCGCGCGCUUCGGCCCCGUCGUCUUCACCAUCAUCAUGACGCUCCGACAGGCGGUGUCGAUCCUGGUGUCGUGCGCGGUGUUCGGGCACGCGAUCUCGGCGCUGGGCGCGCUGGGUAUCGUGCUGGUGUUCGCGGCCGUGCUGCUGCGCGUGCGCUGCCGGACGCGCAAGCAGAAGCCGCCCGCGCAGCCCGCCUAGCCGGCAAGGCUUACCUCUAAAGCUUUCGUUUAAACAGAUGUUAAAUACAUUUUAGGUAGAAUUCUGUGAAUUUAUUAACUUGUGGCAAUUUCACAGCAUUUAAUUCACUGAACGUUUCUUAUUUUUACUGCAACAACUCAUUAAUUGAAACAAAUCUUCAGACAGCUGAUUAAUUGCUAACUAUAGAACUACAACAACUAUGAAAUAACUAUGAACAGCUGUAAUAUUAACUCGUCAGUUAAUAUUAUAAUUGAGUUAAUAUUAUCUAAUCGAGUUUAGUUUGAUAGUCAAGACGAGUUUUAUAUUAAAUCAUACUUGUUGUGUACUCUAUCUAAUGAUUUUUGCAAUUAAUGAAUUCUUGCAGUAAACCAAUGAUUUAUUGAUGUCUCGAAAAUUAUGUCCACUAUUUAUGUAUUAAAUACAUAUAUUACGACUUCGUAAAUAAGUGUAACUCUCUGAUGCAUUGAACUCUGUAGAAUAGUUCAAAUAAAAUAUAAGUCUCAAAGGCACAAAACUAACAUAAUUUAUUAUUUAACAUCUAGACUUUAUAUUAAUGUGAGGAUAGUAAUUGUUUUCAUAUUUAUAAUAAUGAAGUUUUUGUUUCUACAAAACAUUAAUUUAUCGUUACCAUAAAUUUUAUUUUCCUUUUUUUUUUUUCAAGUUUGAUAUCUUUACAGUUAAACUGAAAAAAUGCUUUUUGUUUGUUUUAGGCUUAGCAUCUCUUAAUUUUAAGGCUCGAAUGGCCAGUUUUCUAGAAUAUAAGAAUAAUAUUAUGUUUUCGGAACUUCCCAGUGAUUUAUUUUAUUCCCAGUGACGCAGCAGGUGCAUGUUAUAAAUGAGUACCGGGGUUUAAAUUCCUGUAGGGACAAUUUGAUAAUUUUUGUAGGAAGGAGUUUUAGUGGGAGGCUUCAGUCAUAGCUAAUUUAUCAGCCUACCGGCAAAGCCAAGCGAUUUAGCACGAAGCCUCCAGCAGUCAGUGCGAGGUCGCCAUUUUAGCUUGGGACCCCAACGACUAUCAAUAUUUUGGAAAUCUGUGCUCCGCCCGUUGCCACAUGAGACUCCAUCUCAUAGUCGAAAUUAAUAAAAAUCUAUCUGUAAUCAAUU